UCAUUUUGAAGCGAUUGUUGAGUUUGAGCCGGAAAAGUGAUAAUCUGAUCUCCGACGCCGACGCCGACGCCGACGACGACCGCUUUCAGUUUCACAUGGAUUAUGAAUCCCAACGUCGAAUUGAACAAGUUCGAUAUCAUUUCAUUGCUUACCUUUUGGACCACCACUACUGAUCCCCUUACCAUUCCAAGUUUGGAACCUUCCUCUUUCUCCACAGACCAGAUACAUACGGGUAUUGGAGAGAAAAGAACAAAAUGACAGAAGUUGCGAGAUCAACGUCUUGGCGUGAUGAGAUCAUGAGUCUGGUUGAGGAGGAUUCUGGGGUUAUAUUCACAGAUGAAUCAAUGGAAAUCUCAAACCCUAAUUUGGAAGCUGAGAUAUCCAGAUUCACUGUAGGACUAGGACUAGGGACUACUAAUAUGCUAGAUGGAGAGUCAGUUGAGACAGAGAGUUUCAAGGAUCAGGUCAAGGGUUUUGCAAGAGCUUGGGGAGAAAUAGUAUUAGAACUGGGAAAAGGGGUUAAGGAUAUAGUUCAACAGACCCUUUUGACAGACGAUUCUUACGUUGUUCUGAAACUUAAGAAACCAAUUGCAAAGGCUUCUAGUAGAUUACGAUUCUUCAACGAUUAUUUGCCUGAAGAUCGUGACCCAGUUCAUUCAUGGUCUGUGAUAUUCUGUGUGUUCUUUCUGGCUCUUGCAGUGUUGACUGUAAAUAUAAAACACAAUCACGCGAUCUCAUUAGUGAAGAAAAUGAGCACACAUCCAUCAAGUGCUACUCGUAUACAACUUCCAGACGGAAGAUACAUGGCCUAUCUAGAGCAAGGUCUUUCAUGUAGCAGAGCUAGACAGCAUCUGAUUGCGUCUCAUAGUUUCUUAUCUUCUAGAUUAGCAGGUAUCCCAGGGGUCAAAGAAUCUCUUUUGGAAGAGUUUGGGAUUCACUUGGUUACUUAUGAUCUCCCUGGUUUUGGAGAAAGUGAUCCUCAUCCCAAGAGAAACCUUACCUCCUCUGCUUUUGAUAUGUUGUAUCUUGCAAAUGCGGUUGGAAUAAAAGACAAGUUCUGGGUAUUAGGGUUUUCGAGUGGAGCUAUGCAUGCUUGGGCAGCUCUGAAGUACAUUCCCGAUCAAAUUCAAGGUGCUGCCAUGUUUUCUCCAAUGAUAAAUCCAUUUGAUACAAGCAUGACUAAGGAAGAGAUGUCCAGAACCUGGGAUGGUUGGUUGAGAAGAAGAAAAAUGAUGCAUUACUUAGCUCGUAGUUUUCCAAAGUUCCUGAGUUAUAUUUACCGUAAAAGUUUUCUGUCUGGAAAGCACGGUCGUUUAGAUAACUGGCUCUCUUGGACACUUGGAAAUAAGGAUAAAUCUCUUAUCGACGAUCCAAGAUUUGAAGAGUUCUGGCAUAGGGAUAUAGAGGAGUCUAUUCGUCAAGGAAAUGUGAAGCCAUUCGUGGAGGAAUCUCUCCUGCAAGUAACCGAUUGGGGAUUUAAACUGACUGACCUUGCUGUUCGAAACAAAUGUCCCAAUAAAGGCUUUUUGACAUGGUUUAAGUUCUUGUCAACAGAAGAUGAAUGCGAAUCAAUUGGAUUUAAAGGUCCUAUACAUAUAUGGCAGGGCCUGGAUGACCAAGUAGUUCCUCCUUCUAUGAUUGACUACGUGACUCGGGUUUUGCCUAACGUUGUAGUACACAAGAUACCUAAUGAGGGUCAUUUCUCGUAUUUCUUCCUAUGCGAUGAAUGCCAUAGACAAAUCUUUCUGACACUAUUUGGUUCUCCGAAUGAGACAGAUGACACUGAUCAGGGUGAUCGAGCCAGUUUUGAGGAGGCUACAGACUCAAAUUUCGAUACAGAUGUUUUACAUGAAAUAUGAGAGUGAUAAAUUUUGUUGUCAUCUCAUUUACUUAGAUCAAACUAACUAAAGACAGACCCAUUUCAAUCGAAAUGUUUUUAAUGAAAAUUGAAACCUUUCGUUACAAUUUCAUUAAUAUAGUCUCAUUACAAUUUC